AUGAGGACCCUCGCCCUCCUUGCUGCCCUUCUCCUCUUGGUCCUCCAAGCCCAGACUCAGAAGUCAGAAAAGGCAGCUGACCAGGUUCCUGCCCAGGACCAGCCUGAGGCUGAGUUCCAGGAGGUGAUCAUCUCCUUUGGAGGGAAUGAGCUCUCUGCUCAAAAUGAUACAGCCCUUCAGGAAGCAUCAAACUGCCGCUGCAGAGUCUUCUGCCGUUUUAGGGAGCGUCGCUCUGGGACCUGUGCUGGCAGGGGCAUCCAAAACAGGCUUUGCUGUCAUCGCCGCCGGCCUAAUAGAUUCAAACCCACAGUAGCGCAGGAUUUCAUUUGA